AUGGCUUCUCCGGACAGUCCAAUCAUCAUCGUUGGUGGUGGCCUAGCUGGUCUUUCUGCUGCUCAUCAGGCAUAUAGCCGGGGUGCCAACGUUGUUCUUUUGGACAAACAAGGCUUUCUUAGUGGGAAUAGUGGUAAGGCCACACUGGGGAUAAAUGGAGCUCUCACCCGGACCCAGAUUAAUUUGAAAAUCCCAGAUUCUGUAGAAAGUUUCUACAAAGAUACUCUCGCCACAGCUGAGAAGCAAGCAAAUCCGGCCCUCAUUGAAGUGCUCACGAAUAACAGUGCCGAUGCGGUGCAUUGGCUUCUGGAGAUGUUUGGGCUAGAUUUGUCAGUUGUGUCUCGCUUGGGUGGACAUUCACAACCAAGAACACACCGUGGGAAAGACGCAAAAUUUCCUGGAAUGGCAAUCACGUACAAGCUUCUCGAGACAUUGGAGAAUUUGGCGGACUUCGAGCCAAGCAGAGUCAUGAUUUUGAAAAACACGCAGGUGAUUGAUCUCAUUCUCGACGAUAAAAACGCCUCAAUCGUGAGAGGCGUGAAGUACAAAGAUAUGAAAACAAAAAAAAAGGGACACUUGAUUGGGCCUGUAAUUAUGGCAACGGGUGGAUAUGCAGCCGAUUUCACCAAAAAUUCAUUGUUGCGCAAAUAUCGCCCAGAUAUCAUCGAUUUACCCUCCACAAACGGAAGCCACGCUACCGGAGAUGGUCAAAAAAUCAUCAUGAAGAACUCAGGUGUGGGAAUUGAUAUGGAGAAAGUCCAAGUCCACCCUACGGGACUUAUUGACUACCAUGACACUGACACAAUUGAAGGCAAAAAUCAUCCCCGAUUUCUCUUUCUUGGAGCCGAGGCUCUAAGGGGAGAAGGCGGGAUUAUGCUCAACAAAAAGGGGGAGCGCUUUUGUGAUGAGCUCGGGACUAGGGACUAUGUUAGUGGGGAAAUGCUCAAGCAGUUGCAAAAAGGUCUUGGACCCUUGAGACUUGUCUUGAAUUCUCAAAGCGAACAGCGCUUAGAAUUUCACAUCAAGCAUUACACACAAAGGAGCUUGUUAAGAGCUGUGCCAGGUGCUAAGCUAGCAGAAGAAAUUGGGGUGCCUUUUGAGAAAUUGCAAAAAACUAUGUCCAGCUACAACUCUUCUGCAAAAGGCGAGCGAAAGGAUGAGUUUGGCAAAAUGUACUUCCCCACAACCCCGUUCGAUAUGGAGAAAGAAAAGACGUAUCAUGUAGCAUAUAUUGCACGCGUCUUGCAUUUCACCAUGGGGGGAGUCAAGAUCAAUGACAAGUCUCAAGUAGUUCAUCAGAAAGAUGGCAAAGAAACCAUUUUCGAGGGUUUAUAUGCGGCUGGAGAAGUUGCAGGAGGUGUUCACGGACAUAAUAGACUCGGUGGUUCUUCUCUCUUAGCCUGCGUCGUGUAUGGGCGCUUGGCAGCAGAUGAGGCUUCCAGCUUUUUGCUAAAGAAAUUGACCACCUGCAAUUCUGCAAACUCAAUACAGGCAGCACAGCGCUUGGGUCAAAUAAGUCUCCAUAUUGAUCCUGUAUCGAAAAAAGUGGUGAUUGAUCUUGGUGAUAGAUCGCUGGCUCCAAAAGCUAGCGAAAUAUCACCCACAGAAUGGGAAAUACCCCCAAAUUCGCGAGUUGACGCCAAAGAGAAACACGAUAUAUAUACUCAGUUUGAGAUUCCUUCGAAGACCUUUCUGAAGGAAGAAGUGGCGAAGCACAAUAAGGAAGACGAUUGCUGGGUAGUCGUGAAGAGUGUUGUGUUGGAUUUAACCCUGUUUUUGAAGGAUCAUCCUGGCGGUCUGGAUUCCAUCCUCAAAUUUGCUGGUAGAGAUGCUACCGAGAGUUUUGAGAUGCUACAUGAGGACAACGUGAUUCUGCGCUACGCGCCCCAUUGUGUUUUAGGCCGUAUGCAAAACACGACUCCGCAUUUGAACAUCAAGUAA